CAUUAGCAGCCUUUAAGUUUGAUUCACGUUCAGCAUGGGGCUUUGAUGGCCACGUGCUCCAUUUGAGUUCAGCCAUUCUCAUCCUGCUCGGCAUUUUCCUGAUCAAUUUCUUGGGAUCCUAAAGUGGACAGCAGAGUUACAAAGAGACUGACAUUUUUGGAAAAAGAAGCAAGAUGAGGUGUCCCCUUGAAGUCUUGAUUCUUGGACUGGUCUCAACCUGCCUCCUUUGGGAAGGUGUGCAAUGCAAAACCAGUGAAUUCACUCUGAUGGUCCCCAAAGAAGUUGUGUCAGUGCAUGAGAGACUCUGUGUCGUCAUCCCCUGCAGUUUCACUUACCGAAGUUUAAUGGACACUGAUGAAUUGCAUGGAUAUUGGUAUCGCAAAGGCAGGAACCCUUCCUGGCAUGAUCCUGCAGUGGCCACCACCGAUGGGAAGAGAGCAAUAGAAGACUUCGCUCACAAUCGCUUUAGUCUGUUGGGGGACUUGGAAAAAGAGAACUGCUCCCUCAUGAUCAUUGAUGCCCAGCAAAUAGACCAAGGGGAAUAUUUUUUCAGAAUGGAGAAAGGCUAUUUAAAAUAUAGUUACCCGGAAACAAUAUCUGUGGAAGUGACAGGUAGCAGAAACCCCAAAAUACAAAUACCGGGAAAGCUUCAGGCAGAACGUCCUGUAAAUAUCACUUGCACAGCCCCACUGAGUUGUUUCCAGAAGCCAAACAUCACUUGGGCAGGCAUUUCUGGAAGCAUCACCUCAAGGAUCCAUGUGUUGCCCAGAAAUAUCAAGCUUCGCAGCACCUUCACACCCUCAGCUGAGGACGAUGGCCAGCAGCUCACCUGCAUUGCCAAAUAUGACAGUGGAACUAAUCCUGUGCAAAUGGAGAAGAGCCUCCAGCUGAACAUCAGUUACCCACCUCAGAUGCUACGGUUCAGCGGGGAACUUCGACACUCCAAUGGAAGUAGGAGGAACUUCACAAAUGCUUCCAGGAUUGAAGCCCAGGAAGGUGACUGCAUCAAACUGCACUGCAAGGCAGACGGCAACCCCUCGGCCAACGUGACCUGGGUGAAGGAAUCGCAACACUCAGGGACUCUGCAGCUCACAUCAGAUAAUACUCUGAAGCUUUCCAAUGUGAAACUGGAGAACAAGGGGAGAUACAGAUGCCAGGCACAGAACACAGAGGGCUCUGCCGAGGCCACUUUCCGGAUCUAUCUAGCAUACAGCCCUAGGCCAUGUGAACAGGAUCCUUCCCACUGCUGGAGAGAGGACAACAGCUUCCGGUGCAACUGUUCCAUCUGCUCCUAUCCUGCCCCCAGGAUUCAGUGGCAGGUGGAUGGGGAGAGCUUGGAGGGAAACACCACCAAAGGGAAGUGGCGGGUCACUUCUUGGAAUGAGGAGGAAGUAGCCGCCAGUACUCUGCACUUGACAGGGAGCUGGGAUGGAGAGCACCCUGUUGUCUGCCAAGGAACCAACCCCAGCGGAGAACUUCCCAUGAAGUUCUUCCUGUUUAGUUCAGGAGCCCAUUAUGAGCCCUUGCAUGUGGGAACAACUGUUGCCUUAGUGCUUGCCCUCUACCUGACCAAGGCUUUGCUUUGUCUCUUCCUCUUUUCGUUUUCCUUUUGGUAUUUAAACUACUGGAAGCCUUCAGUGACGCGAGAGAGCCCCAGCAAGUCAGAAGGAUGAUGAUGACUUGAUCCCCUGCAAUUCUUUUUGCUUGGGAAGGAAAAAGACUCACACAUAUAACUGCCUGCUGCUGGAUCCCCUCGGUCCACAGAGUGAAAGUGUGUCAAUAUGCAGAGGAGCCUUCAGGCACACACAGAACGUCAUGCUCUUUUACUUCAGAUUGAAGAGAAUUAAUUGCUUGCUCAUUGGUAAAACUCAUAGGGUUGAUACUCAUCAUUUCAACCAUGAAUUAGAAUCACUCACCCUUCCCAGCCACCUCCUGCCUCUGCUUUCACUGCACCCUUGACAUGAUUUGCUCCCAAAACUGGCUGCUUAAUCUCACAUUCUUUCAUGAAAUAAAAGGGCAUCGUGAAAGACUGCAUUGCAUCUUUUCCUUUAGACACAAAGA